AUGGGUGCGGCGGACGUGAAGAAUAUGAAGAGAUUAGUGAAUAUUUUGUCGAAAUCUAAGCACAGAUUCAUUGUAUCGAAAGGACCUUUUCAUGAGGAGUACGACCUACCGGUCAACAUGUGGGGCGCGGCUACUGUUCCCCAAAUACAAGUCCUACCGGUAGUUGAUUUGGUGGUAACCCAUGGAGGGAACAACACUACAACAGAAACCAUGUAUUUCGGGAUACCAAUGAUAGUUUUACCCCUUUUUCUGGACCAAUACGAUAACGCACAGAGAGUUGAGGACAAAGGGUUUGGUAUACGACUCGAUGCCUACCAGUGCUCUGACUUAGAAUCUACAUUGCCACCUGGUCCACUACCAUUGCCGAUUCUGGGAAACUUAUUGCGUGAGACUAAAUCACACUUUGAUGAGGUGUUCAGACAACUGGCCAAACAGUACGGACCGGUAUUCACAUUCUGGUUGGGGAACAGACCGCACGUAAUAGUGUCGGACAUAGGGCUGGCCCGGGAGGCCUUCAAGAAGAAUGACUUCGCCGGAAGGAGUAUCACAUUCUUCGACGUUAUAUUUGACGAUUACGGGCACCGGUGGGAGGCGUUGAGACGGGUGGCCCACUCGGCCGUACAGAAAUACUCAAGAAAUGAUAAACUGGUGAAUGUGGCCAAUGAUUCAGUGGAUCGUAUGGUGAAGACUAUGAUAGAAACGGAAGGCCCGGGAAAAGCAUUUGAUCCCAAGACUUAUAUCUAUUUAGUAUUUCUUAAUAUAUUUGCUACCAGUGCUUUCGGUAUAAGUUAUAAUCUGGAUGACUAUGAAUUCAAGAGAAUUAAAUACAUAUUAAAAGAUUUCUCUAAAAAAGCCGGAAGUCGGCUAUUAUUGUGGGAAUUCUCACCACUUAUUAGACUAUUGGAUAGAAAGCUAGUGAUAGAAAAAGACGACAAUAUCAUUGAAUUCAUAGAUAUUUGUCAAAAGAAGUUUGUCUCACAUCAGAAAGACUACUCGGAAUCCAUUGAAAGGGACUUUUGUGAUGCACUCAUAACCGCUAAGAAUGAGGCCCUCAGAGAGGGUAAGGAAUCGGUCCCUUAUCUCACGGACGCCAACCUCACGAUGACUUCACACUGGGAUGAGGUGUUCAGACAACUGGCCAAACAGUACGGACCGGUAUUGACAUUCUGGUUGGGGAACAGACCACACGUAAUAGUGUCGGACAUAGGGCUGGCCCGGGAGGCCUUCAAGAAGAAUGACUUCGCCGGAAGGAGUAUCACAUUCUUCGGACAUUUACUGUCAAAUGAAAAGCAUUCAGACGUUAUAUUUGACGAUUACGGGCACCGGUGGGAGGCGUUGAGACGGGUGGCCCACUCGGCCGUACAGAAAUACUCGACAAAUGAUAGACUGGUGAAUGUGGCCAAUGAUUCAGUGGAUCGUAUGGUGAAGACUAUGAUAGAAACGGAAGGCCCGGGGAAAGCAUUUGAUCCCAAAACUUAUAUCUAUUUAGUAUUUCUUAAUAUAUUGGCUACCAGUGCUUUCGGUAUAAGUUAUAAUCUGGAAGACUAUGAAUUCAAGAGAAUUAAAUACAUAUUAAAAGAUUUCUCUAAAAAGGCCGGAAGUCGGUUAUUAUUGUGGGAAUUCUCACCACUUAUUAGACUAUUGGAUAGAAAGCUAGUGAAAGAAAAUGACGACAAUGUCAUUGAAUUCAUAGAUAUUUGUCAAAAGAAGUUUGUCUCACAUCAGAAAGACUACUCGGAAUCCAUUGAAAGGGACUUUUGUGAUGCACUCAUAACCGCUAAGAAUGAGGCCCUCAGAGAGGAUAUUUGUCAAAAGAAGUUUGUCUCACAUCAGAAAGACUACUCGGAAUCCAUUGAAACCCUGAAAACACUACGUGAGUAUUGGCGAUUCUUACUCCGGGAGUCUCUCCCAUUCCUUAGCCAGGGAAUAGAGUGCCUGCGGUUGGAGUGCUACUGA